ACAAGGAGCUCCCGACACUCCCAGGGCUCCCAGCCUGGCUUGGCCGAUCAAGCCAAACUCUCCUUUGCCUCGGCUGAGUCCCUGGAAACCAUGUCGGAAGCGGAGCUGCCCCUGGGCUUCAACAGGAUGAACCGGUUCCGGCAGAGCCUGCCCUUGUCCCGCUCCACCAGCCAGACCAAGCUGCGCUCACCAGGGGUCCUUUUCCUACAGUUUGGGGAUGAGACGAGGCGCGUCCACAUCACCCACGAGAUCAGCAGCAUGGACACCCUGCACGCCCUCAUUGUCCACAUGUUCCCCCAGAAGCUCACCAUGGGGAUGCUGAAGUCUCCCAACACUGCCAUCCUCAUCAAGGACGAGUCACGCAACGUCUUCUACGAGCUGGAGGACGUCCGUGACAUCCAGGACAGAAGUAUCAUUAAAAUCUACCGGAAAGAGCCUCUCUACGCCUCGUUCCCAGCCUCACACAUCACCAACGGUGACCUGAGGAGGGAGAUGGUGUACACCUCCAGGGAGUCCUCUCCCACCCGUCGCCUGAACAACAUGUCUCCAGCCUCCCACCUGGCCUCGGGCUCCCCUCCCCCAGUGCUCCAGUCCUCCUCCCCGUCCCGUUCCCGCAUGUCCUACAGCGGGGGCCGCCCGCCCUCCUACGCCGGCAGCCCCGUCCACCACAGCGAGCGUCUCUCCAACCUCCCACCUGCCCCGGGGGUCUCUCCCAGCCCCAGCGCCAUCCUGGAGCGUCGGGAUGUCAAACCAGAUGAAGACCUGGCCGGGAAGAACGUGGUGCUGAUGAAGAACGAGGGGCUGUACGCUGAUCCCUACGGCAUGGUGCACGAGGGCCGGCUCAGCAUCACCUCCACCCAGUCCCUGGCGGGCAUGGGAGACCCUUUUGGCUACUCGGGGGGGCUGUACAAGCGGGGCUCCGUGCGCUCGCUCAGCACCUACUCGGCGGCCGCCCUGCAGACGGAACUAGAGGACAGUCUGUACAAACCCAAUGCUCCCAUCUACAGCGACACGUACGGGCCCGGCCUGGGGUUCCGCAUGCCCCCCUCCUCCCCUCAGAAGAUGGCUGAUGGCCGCCUGGUGGACGUGCAGCAGGGCCAGGGCCCCCACAGCCCCUACUCGGGCCCCCCCAGCCGCUCCUCGCCCGUCCGUCAGUCCUUCCGCAAGGACUCCUGCUCCUCCGUCUUCAUGGAGAGCCCUGUCAACAAGCCACGGAACCCCAGCUCCUCUGGCCCCCCCGAGCUCUUUCCCGGCCCCGGCGAUCGCCCGCUCUCGGGGUUCGGCUCCCCUGGACCAGCCAAGGACACGGAAACGAGUGACCUGGAGAAGUCUGUGGAGAAGAUCCAGAAGGAUUUGACCCACAACCACCGGCUCAUCCCAGUGCAGGAGCUGGAGGAGAAGGCCGUGGUCCUCAAGCAGCUGGGGGAGACGUUGACAGACCUCAAGGCCCAGUUCCCCAGCCUGCAGAGCAAGAUGCGGGUGGUGCUGCGGGUGGAGGUGGAAGCCGUCAAGUUCCUCAAGGAGGAGCCGAACCGCCUGGACGGGCUGCUCAAGCGCUGCAAGACAGUGACAGACACCCUGGCCCAGAUCCGCAGGCAAGUGGACGAGGGCGUGUGGAGCUCCCCCAGCAACCUCAGCCAGUCCCCCAAGAAGGUGGCCCCUGAGACAGACUUCAGCAAAGGGCUGGAUCUGGAGAUGCCCACCAGCCCCCCAGUGAGCCUCCACCACCUCAGGGCUGCCACCGAGACCCUGGGCAUGCCCAGCUUUGGGCACAGCCCCCCCCAGACCCAGACCCACCCUUCCAAGAGCAAUAACUCUUCCCGAGCUCCGGAGAUGGUACCUGCCAAGACCCAGACAGGGCCAGAGACCCCCAGCAAGAAGAGUGCAGACAAAGCUGUAUCUGUGGAGGCUGCCGAGCGGGACUGGGAGGAGAAGCGGGCGGCGCUGACCCAGUACAGCGCCAAGGACAUCAACCGCCUGCUGGAGGAGACACAGGCCGAGCUGAUGAAGGCCAUCCCCGACCUGGAGCUCGCUGCCAAGCACAACCAAACCACGGGCAGCAGCAGUGCUGCCUCCACCCCCGAGCACAAGCCCUCCAAGCCUCAGCACGCAGCAAAAACGGGGGGCAAAGGGGACCCCAACGGCCGCCGGGGCUCAGACGAGCUGACGGUGCCGCGAUACCGGACCGAGAAACCUUCCAAAUCUCCUCCCCCUCCUCCUCCCCGCCGGAGCUUCCCCUCCUCCCACGGGCUGACCACGACCCGCAGCGGCGAGGUCAUCGUCACCAGCAAGAAGGAGCCCGGGUUCAUGAAGAAGGCCGAGUCGGAGGAGCUGGAGACCCAGAAGCCGCAGGUGAAGCUGAGACGGACGGUGUCAGAGGUGGUCAGGCCGGCGUCCACCCCCCCCAUCAUCGCCGAGCUGACGGUGCCGCGAUACCGGACCGAGAAACCUUCCAAAUCUCCUCCCCCUCCUCCUCCCCGCCGGAGCUUCCCCUCCUCCCACGGGCUGACCACGACCCGCAGCGGCGACGGCAUCGUCACCAGCAAGAAGGAGCCCGGGUUCAUGAAGAAGGCCGAGUCGGAGGAGCUGGAGACCCAGAAGCCGCAGGUGAAGCUGAGACGGACGGUGUCAGAGGUGGAGAUUUAUGAAGGCACGUACCGGAGACUGGAUAGCUUGGAAGAAACGAUCCGUGAGCUGGAAAUGACCAUCAGUGAGAUCAGCAGCCACCCCUCCGUGGAGUCCGUGUUCCGUAAAGAACUGCUAGGACAAGCAGGAUCCAAAGAUGCCAGUGGGGAGACCAAGGAAGGCCUUGGGGAUCUCAAACACGGUAGCUGUGACCAUGGGACUGCCCUGGACCUCAGUCAGGCCAGAGGUGAUGUUCGUGAGAGUCCAUCUCCAAGCAAAACCAAGCCAGCCCUGCUUCCCAAGCCGCAGCUCCCCGACACUCCGCAGCAGGAGCUCUUGAGCGGUGGCGUUGCCAUCCCAGCCAUGAAGGUGGUGAACCCGGCGUCCCGGCUGAAGCACAGUCAGCAGGGCAGCCCUGACAAGAGCAAGCACAUAAAGCAGCGGAUGGAGUACAUGAGGAUCCAGGGCCAGCAGCAGGCCGCUAGACCAUCUAAAGAGGCUACUGAGACCUCCCCCACGGUCUCAGAAAAACCCACGUCUGGCAGAACAUCCAUCCCUGUAUUGACUUCCUUUGGGGCAAGGAACUCCUCCAUCUCAUUCUGA